UUCUUGGUUGUCCGAGCUUAGCAACUAUUGGCUUGCUGCAAUACUCUUUCAUUGUUUUGUUCUCUUCGUUCUUCCUGUAAUGGGUAUGGUUAUUAGUGUAUAUCUUUUAGGUUGUUUAGUGUUCUAUUUUAGGUUGUAAUACUGUUCUUCGUUAAUAGUAUCUUUUGUAAAAAAAAAAAAAAAAUUUAAAAAAAAAAUAGUUGGUUGAAAAAAUUAAGAAUAGGCAAAGGUAGAGCCCACAAAAAUGACUAAUCACAAAAAUGUAAUGGGUUUAAGUUGAGGCCAAGAUAGAAAUGCCCAAUUUAUGCUCAUGUUACCUGUCUCCCUCUCACAAUCAUUACCUGCCCCCUUUCUCUUUCUUUCUCACUCUCUACUUUCUUUGUUCUUCUUCUUCAACCCCAACAAAUUUCAAUUCAAUUUCAUACCCUUUUCUUUUUCUGAUUCUGAUUCCCAUUCUUUUUCAAUUUUCACCAAAUUUCAUUUAUUAUUCUAAAUAAUCUCUCUCCUUAAUUUGAUUUCAUCUUCAUUAUUUUAUUAAUUAAAAUUCUGAUGCUCUGCUGCACUUCAUCAGUGUCAAUUUAAUGGAUCUGCAACCCACUAUUUUCUCUCUCCUCAACCCACCAUUUUCUCUCUCCUUCAAUGUAGAACUAGCAGCACCAUAAAAUUACCCAUUUUCUCUCUCCUCCAAACCCCCCCAUGAAUCCUCUCUGCUGCAUUGCUCCUGUUUCCGUCGAUCGUGAAAAACCACCCACCGGAAAUGUCAUCGGCAAACCGCCGGAAAUCGGGUUUGAAUCCCUUAAAAACCAGAAUCAAACUCAAAUCACCGGCAACAAUGGCGGAAUCAAUCUGGGUUUUUCCCGGCACAGUUACUCUGCGCAAGUAUCGUCGGUGAGUAGCAGUACUGCAGCGUUGGAUCAGGUGCAUCAUCACGAAGCAGAAGAUGUGAUGGUGAUGAGUGGUAGAGAUUCGAGGGUGUAUGGUAGUAAUGGUGGGGGUGCGAUUGCUGGGAUUCUUUACAAAUGGGUGAAUUAUGGAAAAGGGUGGAGGUCAAGGUGGUUUGUGUUGGAAGAUGGGGUUUUAUCAUACUAUAAAUUGCAUGGUCCGGAUAAGAUUGUGGUUUCGAGUUCGGGUUCGGGUUCGAGUCCAAGGAGGGAGAAGGUAGGGGUGAGAGUGAUUGGGGAAGAAUCUGUGAAGUAUAUGAAGAAGAAUAAUAGUUGGGGGAAGAAUGGUACUAAUAAUGGUAGUGGAAUUAGUACUAAUAAUAGUAAUGGUUUUAGGAUUAGUAAUAGUUUUAGUAAUUUGUCAACUUAUAAUAAGCAAUGGAAGCCUUAUGGGGAAGUACAUUUGAAGGUUUCUUCCAUUCGCGCAAGCAAGUCAGAUGAUAAAAGACUGAGUAUAUAUACGGGUACCAAAACUCUUCACCUACGAUGUGUCUCCAAAGAAGACAGAGCAGCAUGGAUUGAGGCACUCUUAGCUGCAAAAGAUCUUUUCCCCCGGGUGUUGACAAGCAAUGAAUUUGCCACUGAAGACAUUGUUGUGUCAACAGAUAAGCUUCGACGUAGGAUGUUGCAGGAAGGCAUUGCUGAGCCAGUGAUUGAUGAUUGUGAGUCUAUUGUGCUCAUAGAAGUCUCUGAGCUGAAAAAUCAGUUUAAAGCUCUUCAACAAAAACAUGUCUCAUUGCUGGAGACUUUGAGACGGUUAGAGAGUGAGAAGAUAGAAUUGGAGACUACUGUGGUAGAUGAAACAAAGAGGAGAGAUUCUUGUUGUGGGCAAGGAAAUAGAAGAUUCAGCGAUUUUUAUUCUGUCAUGUCUGAGGGUAGUGGAUCUGACUCUGAUGUUGAGAAUGAGAGUCAAGAUGGGGGGGAUGCUGAAUCAGAUGAAGAAGAUGGUGCUUAUUUUGAUACAAAUGAUUACUUGGCUUCGGAGUUUUUAAGAAGUGCAUCUUGUCGUGGAAGGGAAUCCUUUGCAGAUGCUUGCAGUUCACUGGGGCAGGAUUGUUCACAGGAGCUUCAAAUGGGCAUUAGACCUGUGGAGUACCCUUACGUAAAGAGAAGGGAUAGUUUUCCAGAGCCGAAGGAAAAGGAAAAACCCAUGGGCUUGUGGUCAAUUAUCAAGGACAAUAUUGGGAAGGAUCUUUCUGGAGUUUGUCUUCCUGUUUACUUCAAUGAACCCUUGUCUUCACUGCAGAAAUGCUUUGAAGACUUGGAGUAUUCAAACCUGGUGGAUCGAGCUCUUGAAUGGGGGAAGCUGGGAAAUGACUUGAUGAGAAUCUUGCAUGUAGCUGCGUUUGCAGUAUCUGGCUAUGCUUCAACUGAAGGUCGCCAAUGCAAACCUUUUAAUCCCCUUCUUGGAGAGACUUAUGAGGCUGACUACCCAGACAAAGGCCUUCGUUUCUUCUCUGAAAAGGUAAGCCACCAUCCUAUGGUUGUCGCUUGUCAUUGUGAGGGCAAAGGCUGGAGAUUCUGGGCUGACUCUAAUCUCAAGGGUAAAUUCUGGGGGCGCUCCAUCCAACUGGAUCCUGUUGGUGCCCUUACUCUUCAGUUUGAGGAUGGUGAGACAUUUCAGUGGAGCAAGGUGACAACUUCCAUUUACAACAUCAUAAUUGGUAAAAUUUACUGUGAUCAUUAUGGAACCAUGCGCAUCAAAGGCAGUGGAAAUUAUUCCUGCAAGCUGAAAUUCAAAGAGCAAUCUAUUAUAGAACGAAAUCCACAUCAGGUUCAUGGUUUUGUCCAAGACAACAGAACUGGUGAGAAGGUUGCGAUGUUGGUAGGAAAAUGGGAUGAGGCGAUGUACUAUGUGUUAGGGGAUCCAACCACAAAGCCAAAGGGCUAUGAUCCGAUGACGGAGGCUGUCUUGCUCUGGGAGAGAGAAAAAACUGCUACAAAGACUAGAUACAACCUCACGCCUUUUGCAAUAUCUUUGAAUGAGUUGACUCCUGGUUUGCAAGAGAAGCUACCACCAACUGACUCAAGGCUUAGGCCAGAUCAGAGACACUUGGAAAAUGGUGAAUAUGAGCUGGCAAAUGCAGAGAAAGUCAGACUUGAACAGUUGCAAAGACAGGCAAGGAGGAUCCAAGAAAGUGGAUGGCAACCAAGAUGGUUCCAGAGAGAUGAGGAUGGAUGUUAUCGUUACGUUGGUGGUUACUGGGAAACAAGGGAAAAAGGUAGUUGGGAAGGAAUUUCUGAUAUAUUUGGACAGAGGAGCGAUAUACUCCAAUCCUGUAAUAGUAUACCAGAAGAAGAAUGAGUGAUCUGGGCUAAACCGAACUAUCAUUUUCUUCUCCAGAAAGUCUUUUUUUUUUUCUUCCUGUUCCACAGUUUCUUUAUGUGGAAUGGGAUAUCUUGGAAUUCCUCAAGUAAUUGUACCACCAUGGUUGUUAGGUGUAGGUGUAGCUACUAGUUAGUGUAAGUUGCAUUAGAUCAUUUGUUGUAGGUCCUCGGUUUCUUACCCUGCCUUAACUGAGUUCUAUAUGUUGGUGCUUCUGGCCUUCUCGCUGCUAGCCAAUGCAGCAGAUUGUAUGGCCAAUAUUGAGGCUGGUAUGAAUAUUUAUCCCAAGAAAAAAUUCAGAAAGAAAAAACAUAUAAAGUUGCUGCUGUAGUCAUUUGUACACAAGUCUGAACAGUACUACCUGGAAUCUAUGUUUUCCUUCAGAGUUGAAUGCAGAUUUUGUAUGAUAUGAUAAUAGAAGUGCUACAUAAGAUCCAGGUUCCAUUCUUUGCUGGUCAAAUACAUGCUGAAAAAAAAAAUACAGUGCUAUUACUUCUAUAUUGUAUGCAGUCUAUGACUGUGGUUUGAUUAUUGACUGUUGCAAAUACAUGUUGAAAAAAAGAAUUUAGCAGUGCUACAUUAUUGUGGAAUCUAUUGCCCAUUUACCCUGAUUCGAUUCUCAGCUGGUGCGUAUGAAAAGAUAAAUGUAGUGCCAUAUUAUGUA